AUGAAAGCUCGGUUGGCGGAUUUGUAUCUCCAAUUUCCAGGGGGGUGGGAUGACACAUUUGUGACUCUCGGCAAGGGCACGCGCACGAAGGAUAAGGUCCGGGAAUUGCUCGUGGGCGCGUGUGACAAGCUGUUCACAGUGCACAUCGACGACAACGAGGACGAGACGCUGGCGGGGCAGGGGGAUGUUACAGACGGCGAAGCUGCUACGGAAGCGACGGACGGAGAGAUCGCGCCAGCGGGUAGCUUACCGGCUGAAGAGGAAGCUGCAGGUGUAGAAAUCGAGUUGCCGAACCUGCAGUCAGAGAACGACAAUGUGGAGGUGCGAAAAACCGUAGAGGAUUCAUCGUCUACAUUUGUGUACACCCGCAGAGGUACAGCGGCUAUGCAAGGCAGAGCAAAGCACGCGCCAGAUUCGGAUGGGAAUGAAAUAGCGCUACCAGACAGGGUGACGAUAGAGGUUGACGCUGACACCGAGGGGUCUGCAGAGGUGAGGCGCUGCAUUCAGCAUGAUUCUGGGCCAGGAUCAGACGAGCCAGACCGAGAAAUGGUGGAGGCAGCAAAGGCGGAGGCUGCAGAGAAGGCGAAAUCAAUGGCAGAGGAUUUUAUACGCAUAGAGGAGGUGAAUCGACGUGUGCGGGCGGAGGCGGAGAAAUCAAGGGCCGCAGGCGAGCAGAAAAGGAGUGAGGAGGGACGACAAACAGCAGACGGUGUGAAGAGGGCGAGGAAUGAGGCUCAGUCGACAGGCCAGAAGGAUGCAGAGACGCGACGAGGACAUGAGGCGGCAGAAAGUGGCAGAGCUGAAGAGGAUCGAACUACAAGACCUGACGAGGACAUGCAGAUGGUGCAGGUCGCGGGUAGUGCCAGGUUGGAGGCAGAGGCGAAUAAACUGACAGUGGAUGAGGCGCGUCGUGCACUUGCAGCAGAACGGGCGAAUGCUGCAGAGAAGCGUAGGAGAUUGGAGGCGGAACGGCAGAGACCGCAAGAAGCUCGGCGUGCAAGCGAGGAUGCAGAGAAGGCGAAGGCCGUAGAGGAUCGAAUGAGAGCGGAAAAGGAGGGGCAAAGGGCAGAAGAUGAGGAUUGGCUCAGAUCUGCGGCAGCAGCGAUCGAUCGCCGGGAGGAAGAGGCGCGGCGUGCUACAGAGUCGGCAGAGGAGGUCCAGAGAGCGGAGCAGGGUUGUCUGAACGCAGAGGCAGCAGAUAGGGUGAGGGCGGAGACCGAGGCAUUGAUUCGCAGAGAGGUAGAGGCUCGGCUUGCUAGAGAGAAGGCAGAUAAGGCGAAGGAAGAAGAGGAUCGCAGGAAAGCGGAACAGGACCGGCAGAGGGAGGAGGCUGAGGAGAGGAGGGUCAGGAAUGAGGCAGCAGAGCUUGUGCGCAAAGAGGAGGAGGCUCGGCUGGCUAGAGAGGCGGCAGAUAGGGCGAAGGCAGCAGAGGAGGUCCAGAGAGCGGAGCAGCAGCGUCUGAACGCAGAGGCAGCAGAUAGGGUGAGGGCGGAAGCUGCUGCAUUGAUUCGCAGAGAGGUAGAGGCUCGGCUUGCUAGAGAGAAGGCAGAGAAGGCGAAGGACGAAGAGGAUCGCAGGAAAGCGGAACAGGACCGGCAGAUGGAGGAGGCUGAGGAGAGGAGGGUCAGGAACGAGGCAGCAGAGCUUGUGCGCAAAGAGGAGGAGGCUCGGCUGGCUAGAGAGGCGGCGGAUAGGGCGAAGGCAGCAGAGGAGGUCCAGAGAGCGGAGCAGCAGCGUCUGAACGCGGAGGCAGCAGAUAGGGUGAGGGCGGAGACUGAGGCAUUGAUUCGCAGAGAGGUAGAGGCUCGGCUUGCUAGAGAGAAGGCAGAGAAGGCGAAGGAAGAAGAGGAUCGCAAGAAAGCGGAACAGGACCGGCAGAGGGAGGAGGCUGAGGAGAGGAGGGUCAGGAAUGAGGCAGCAGAGCUUGUGCGCAAAGAGGAGGAGGCUCGGCUGGCUAGAGAGGCGGCAGAUUGGGCGAAGGCAUCAAAGGAGGUCCAGAGAGCGGAGCAGCAGCGUCUGAACGCAGAGGCAGCAGAUAGGGUGAGGGCGGAAGCUGCUGCAUUGAUUCGCAGAGAGGAAGAGGCUCGGCUUGCUAGAGAGAAGGCAGAGAAGGCGAAGGAAGAAGAGGAUCGCAGGAAAGCGGAACAGGACCGGCAGAUGGAGGAGGCUGAGGAGAGGAGGGUCAGGAAUGAGGCAGCAGAGAUUGUGCGCAGAGAGGAGGAGGCUCGUCUGGAUAGAGAGGCGGCAGAUAGGGCGAGGGCUGCAGUGGACGUCCAGAGAGCGGAGCAGCAGCGUCUGAACGCAGAGGCGGCAGAUAGGGUGAGGGCGGAGACCGAGGCAUUGAUUCGCAGAGAGGUAGAGGCUCGGCUUGCUAGAGAGAAGGCAGAGAAGGCGAAGGAAGAAGAGGAUCGCAGGAAAGCGGAACAGGACCGGCAGAGGGAGGAGGCUGAGGAGAGGAGGGUCAGGAAUGAGGCAGCAGAGCUUGUGCGCAAAGAGGAGGAGGCUCGGCUGGCUAGAGAGGCGGCAGAUAGGGCGAAGGCAGCAGAGGAGGUCCAGAGAGCGGAGCAGCAGCGUCUGAACGCAGAGGCGGCAGAUAGGGUGAGGGCGGAGACUGAGGCAUUGAUUCGCAGAGAGGUAGAGGCUCGUCUUGCUAGAGAGAAGGCAGAGAAGGCUAAGGAAGAAGAGGAUCGCAGGAAAGCGGAACAGGACCGGCAGAGGGAGGAGGCUGAGGAGAGGAGGGUCAGGAAUGAGGCAGCAGAGCUUGAGCGCAAAGAGAAGGAGGCUCGGCUGGCUAGAGAGGCGGCAGAUAGGGCGAAGGCAGCAGAGGAGGUCCAGAGAGCGGAGCAGCAGCGUCCGAACGCAGAGGCAGCAGAUAGGGUGAGGGCGGAAGCUGCUGCAUUGAUUCGCAGAGAGGAAGAGGCUCGGCUUGCUAGAGAGGAGGCAAACAAGGCGAAGGCCGAAGAGGAUCGAAGAAGAGCGGAACAGGACCGGCAGAGAGCAGAGGAGGAUGACAGGGUCAGGAAUGAGGCAGCGGGCAUCGUACGCAGAGAGGAAGAGGCGCGGCUUGCAAGGGAGGCGGCAGAGAGAACGAGGACCGCAGCGGAGCAUCUGAGAGAGCAGCAGGAACGUCGGACGGCAGAGACCGCAGAUAGGAUGAGGGCGGAAGAAGCUGCAUUGAUACGUAGAGAGGAAGAGUCUCGGCGGGUAAGAGAGGAGAGGGCGAGGGAGGAUGCAGACAGAGCCUUGGACGAGGAGGCUUUACUUCGUCGAGAGGAGGAACUCCACAGGGUUGAGGCGAGGCUCGAGGCAGAGGCGAUACAACCCAGCGCGGAGGCGGCGCGCAUUGUUACAACGGACGCGCCUCGACCGACGGAGGCACCACGACUGAUUGCAGAAGUUGAAAUGGGUGUGGAGUGUGUUACUACAUCGACGGUGCAUGGGAGGGUCGGCGUGGAAGAUGAACGAACUCGAGAGGAAGAGAGUAGAGCGGCAGAGCUUGAGGAGAUGCGCCGUAGAUGGGUGGAUGAAUUGGAGUCUCGGCAAAGACGCGAGGAAGCAGCCAGGACGAGGGCCGCCGAAGAGCGGGAGCGUAUAGAGCAUGAACGGAGGUUGGCUGAAGCUGUCGAGCUGCUUCGGGCGGGACGAGAAUGCUGUAGGGCAGAGGGGGAGCGGGAGAGGAUACAGGCUGCAGAGAUGGCUAGGAUAGAGGCUGAGGCUUUGCGCCAGAUAUUGGCGGAAGACGCACGAAGCGCCCGGGAUGAGAUUGAGCACAUUGCGGGCGAUCGCCGAGGAUGA